AUGGAAAACUCACCGCUUGACGCGCUGUCGAGCGAGAUGUGGCUGCACUCGCCGUCGCUGGACUCGGUUAUCGUCAAAACGUCGCCGGUGUCCACGGCGGGAACGGGCACAACCACGACCACCGCGACAGAUACCACGGGAAGCAGCUUUGACGCGUAUUGCCAGGGCGCAGUCGCGCACGGUGGGCAGUUGCACGAGGGCGGCGGCGACGCUGGGCGUGCGGGCUCGGGCUCGGGCUCGGGCUCGGGCGUCGUCGCUGCCGCUGCUGCUGCUGCGCAGCAGCAUCGCGCGCAGCUCGCCGGCGACACCGCCAGCCUCAACAAUAUGCUCAUCGAAAAUGCGCUCGAGUCGAUCCGGCGCCAGCGCAGCCAGAACAAACUCAUCCAUCUCGACCCGAUCCCGGACUUCCAGGACCGCAACCAGAUCAAGCCCUGGCUCCAGAAAAUCUUCUACCCACAGGGCAUCGAGAUCGUGAUCGAGCGCUCCGACAACAUCAAGGUCGUGUUCAAGUGCAAGGCGUCCAAGCGUGGCAAGCAAGCGCGCAAACAGGGCAUGCAACUCAAAGAGGAGCCCGACAGCCCGUCCCUGGGCAAGCGCAGCAGCCAGCAAAAGAAAAAGCGCUCCGUCUCGCCUUACAACACCUGUCCGUUCCGCGUACGCGCCACAUACUCGCUCAAGCGUAAGAAAUGGAACAUAGUCGUGGUCAACAACGGCCACUCGCAUCCGCUCAAAUUCAACGCCGACAGUGAAGACUACAAAAAAUUCAAAAACAAGCUUCGCGAGGAUAACGACUGGGAAGCCGUCCGCAAGUUCGACGAGCUCGAGUACAGAACCCGCUUCAAUCUCCCGACAGAGCCCGAGCCAAUUCCCUGUGAUUGUGGUCUCACCCAGGAGAUUGAAAGUUUUAACAUCGUGCUCCCAAGUUCCAAUACACUUGCAAAUUCUACCGACAAGACUGUUACCAAACCCAGGCAUCGGUUGGAAUCUUCACGUAAAAAUAAAAGCAUCACCAACAAAGUGCUGAGCCGAAGCUCCACUCCACAAGAGUUACAAUCAGUUUCGCACUCGAGCCCAACGCAAUCCAUGCAUCAAACUAUCGUCCAACGUUACUCACCUGCGUCUCCAACUACUCACGUACAAACGGUCCAAUCCGUGCCGCAACACGAAAUCCCCUCUACUUUCCAGCCGUGGGUCACUUCUACCAUGCCCCCUCACGCUGACGAAGUAGACUUUACAGAUUUAUUUCUCAAGCCUAUGACCCAUUUCAAACGGGAAUCCUCCAAUUUAGCACCUCAUCCAGAUGAAACUCAUGUGGCCCCCGAUCAGUGGGGAUCCACUCAAGAUUUUAUGGAUAAUCUGAAUUUUGUCCCACCACCAAUGUGCGAAAUUAACCAGGCUGACGACUGUGCAAAUGUGCAAGGGCAAUGCCAACGCUUGGAGCACAACCACUUGCACGAAGUGGGGAUUCCACAAGCCCAGCAGUUGCAUCCUCAUUCCCCAAUGGUACCUACACGGCUUCAUCAACAGGACUCUACUGCAUCUCCAAUAGGUACCAUGCUUACCUCGGAAUUAAACAAUAUGCGUAUCAUAGAUGGGCAGCUGCAUGUGAUCAACUCGAGCUCCAAUGCGAGCUCAAAUCCCAAUGCUACCCCACAUCCAUUCGAUGCGUCAUAUUCUCCACAUUGGGAACCGCAAAACGAUUUCUUCCAAUGA